AUGACCCAUCCUUCGAUGCACCGCCCUCUGUGGCUCAUUCUGGCGAGCCUCUCCUCCAUUGCCACAGCCUUUGUGCUUCCAUCACCCCCAUUGGCAACCACCACCAGCAGUACUAGCAGUAGUAGUAGUUGCCUCUGGUCCACUCCUCCAGGACCCAGCAGUGGUGGCAGUCUUGGUGGCGGCAGUAGUAGUAGUAGUGAUGAACUGAGCGAUGAUGACAUUAGUCGCUUGAUUGGCAAACGCAGUCAAAUCAAACGCAAAAAGAAGGAAACCAUGGAAGAACAAGAACAAUCCAUUCUGGAAGAUUUGGAUCUCGAUGACAUUGACAUGGACAACCUUCCCGAAUUCAAAACCAGUCGACCCGUGCGAAAAUCUAAACAACAAUUGGAAGAAGAAGCCGCGGCGGCCGAUGCCGCCAAACGACGGGAAGAAGGAGAAGAACCCAUUCUCAGUUUCGAUUUUGCCGCCGAUUAUGCCGAUGAAAACGAUUUUCACGUUCCCAAUCGAUUGGGAUUCUCCACGGCCGGAUGGGGCGACGUAUCCAAGGGGUAUGUGGUAGAAGGCAAACUAUCCAAACGCAUGGUCAAAGCGGGACGCUACGACAAGACCACUUGUACCAAUGUGUACACCCAACUCCUGGCGGGCGGCUUGGUCGUGGUCGAAACCAGUAGUACCUACGGAAAAAAGAGUGGUGUGCUGGCACAGGAUAUUCUCGCAUCGGCCAUGAAAGCGUACAAAGUCGAUGGAGCACAACCUUCCAUUGUGGAAUCCUUGCCUGGUGGGUUGUUGCCACCCCGCCCCAGUGCCAUGGCGUCCACGGCCGAAGCAUCCUGCGAACGACUCAAAAUCGAUGCCGUUGAUAUUGUCCAGGCAACCAAACGGAUUCCUCUCUUGUCACCCAUCUUGGUCAAAGGAUUGCAACAAGUCGUUGACGCGGGAAGUUGCAAUUACGUCGGAGUCGUGGGCAUUCUACAACGCAGUAGUUUGAGACGGUUUGCCGAUGCCAUGGAAGCACAAGGCAGUUCUCUUACAUCCAAUGCCUUUGAAUUCAGUUUGACCAAUCUCAAGAAUGAAGCCAUGAUCGAUCAUUGCAAGGAAAUUGGUGUCAUUCCAUUCAUUCUCAAUCCUCUCGAUGGCGGAUUGGCAUCGGGAGUUUACACGGCCACCAAUCCCAGUGGAGGCGAAGUGGGAAAUGCUCGAUUCAAGUUUGAACGAUUGGAAAAACUAUCAGCCUUGCACAGUAUGCAAGAAACGGUGGCCGAACGAGCACGAACACGAGUGGCACGAGAACAACGGGAUACCAAGGAUCGAUACCGAUCUCGCUAUGGAAAUCCGCCAAAGGUUAACACAGACAUUACCACCACACAGGUUGCCAUUAACUAUGUGGUAGCCAAAGGAGGGGUACCAUUACCUGAAAUCAACACUUCGAAACAAGCAGAGGAGUUGCUGGGAUGUCUGGGUUGGAGCCUGACAGAGGAAGAGGUGGAUAUGCUAGACAGUGCUGCAGCUUUGUGUAAUUUAUAG